GACAAGAUUAACGGGAAUGCGCACUCAGCAAGUGACUCUUCUGGGGCCGCGGGACAAGUUACAAGCGGUCAGGUGGCGGAACAGCUCGAACAAGCGCAACAGCAACUUAGUGGUCUCAAGGAACCUGAGGGAAUAAUCGACGAUCACUUGUUCGGGAUUAGCUCGCCACGUUUCUUUAUUGAUAAAGCCGUUAGUACGAGAGAUGCUGAAGACGAUUUUAUUCCGUUAGACGAGCAGCAUUUACUAAUUGGAACUAAGUAA